AUGGGCGCCAGUGAUUUACAAUAUUCUGUAGACCAAGAGAUUGGUCAUUUCUUUGAGAAGACUUCUACGACUCGCAUAGCCUGUGAUACAUAUACAAAGGAGCAUCUUGGAGGCGAUGUCAUUCCAGUGGCCGUGCAAGGCGUGUGCAGUUACACCGUCUACGCUGGACCUAAUAGUGAAUUUGUGGCUCAGUUUCGCCUCAAGUCUCUUCAACUGAGAAUGGAGACUAUGAAUCUGGCUCGAGCCAUCUAUGGCCACCUUGCACCCCAGGUCACCUUCAGGGGGCAGGUUGGGGAAGAUACUGAGGGAAAAGAACCCCUAUAUAUUUAUUUCAUGAGCCGUAUACGAGGCAUUAGCUACUUGGAUUUUAUCCUAGCACACAACAGCCAAGUACCAGAAAAUUCCCCUGGGUUUUCUUUUUGGCGAAAGAAUUUGAUAAUCGACAUCGCAAGGUUCUUCGCUCUCUCGUGGAAGUCGCCGCAGGAUGUUGAACAAGCCUAUCGCGACGGCCUACACUGUCAAUACGAGAAAGAACUGAAGCUAUUACUUAGCACUCUCCCAGAUCGCUUCCACCCAUUAAUCCGAAAGUCAAUCGAAUCACUAUCGGCCAUUCUUUCUCUCCCAAUGGUGCUACUUCACAAAGACUUUGGUGUUUGCAAUAUUAUGGUCAAUAAAGAAUCUUGCAAUCUAGUUGGGGUGAUCGAUUGGGCCGAAGCUGAAGUUGCGCCAUUUGGCCUCUACCUUCACUCUCAUCAACGACUGAUAAGCAAAGUCCACCUCAAGAAUGGUUGGGUCAGAUACGACGACUACAUUCUUUUAGAGGAGGUAUUCUGGAAUACGUUCAGUGAGGAAGCGGGAGGACUGAGCAAUGAAAUAAUCGGGAUCAUCAAGUCAGCAAGGAUUGUGGGAUUAUUACUGUCACGAGGCUUUACAAGUCGUCUUGCAAAUAUGCCCAAAUCAGUACCUAUUCGGGAUGAUGAAAGUGGAGCAUACAACAUGCGCGAUCUUGAUGGACUACUAAUUAAUCCCGCCACAAGGUUUACUGAAUUGGUAUAA